AUGAAUGCCACAGCUUUUCGUUUACUGACGAUAUCGUCCGAUUUUCGGGCCAACAUCCUUUCCAGAAGCAAAAGUAUUGCUCCGAUUAUUGCUGGAAAAAGCUUUAUUUUUCAGUUCUUGCCAUGUUUGUUUGUCAAGAUCGAACUUUGUUUCUUCAGCACAACAUCAGAGUUCGAUGUCGCUGUGGUGGGUGGUGGAAUUGUUGGUUGCGCUACCGCACGACAGUUAAAAAUUAAAAAUCCGGAUUUGAAAGUAGCAUUGGUAGAGAAGGAGGAUCGUCUGGCAUUCCACCAAAGUGGUCACAACAGCGGUGUCCUUCACGCUGGAAUCUACUAUGCGCCGGGUAGCCUGAAAGCAAAACUUUGUGUACGCGGUAUUGAUUUGGCAUAUGAAUACUGUGAUGAAUAUAAAGUGCCUUACAAAAGAAUUGGAAAGCUCAUUGUUGCGGUAGAGCCGGUCGAAGUACAACGUUUGGAAAAUUUAUUUGAACGAGCUCAAAAAAAUGGAUGCAAAUCAAUAAAAAUGAUUGAUGGCAGCGAAAUCAAGAAUUAUGCACCCUUUUGCACGGGUCUGAAAGCGCUGUGGUCUCCGUAUACAGGUAUUAUUGAUUGGGGAUUAGUUACAAGGUCAUACGCACAAGAUUUCGAAAAUCGUGGUGGAGUUGUUUAUAUGAAAUAUCCGUUGAAAACGUUAUUGCUUGUUGGCGAAUCGAGGAAGGAGAACGUCGCGAACGAUUAUCCUGUUAUUAUCGAAUCAGAACCGCACUUGUCGAAAAUUCGCUGUAAAUACGUGAUAACAUGCUGUGGACUUCAAUCAGAUCGUAUUGCAAAACUCUCGGGUGGUUCAUCAGAUCCAAAAAUUGUUCCUUUCCGUGGCGAAUACCUCUUGCUAACUUCGGAGGAGAAAAAGAAAGCUGUAACUACAAAUGUUUAUCCUGUGCCCGAUCCACGCCUCCCGUUUCUUGGUGUCCAUUUCACGCCACGUAUGAAUGGAGAUGUUUGGUUGGGACCGAAUGCAGUUCUAGCGUACAAAAGAGAGGGAUAUAAAUAUUCUCAAAUUUCAUUACCUGAUUUGUAUGAUGCUAUAAGUUACAGAGGUAUGAGAAAACUCAUUCGCAAGUUUUUUGGUUAUGGAAUGAAAGAAUUGUAUCGUGGAAUUUGGAUCAGAGCACAAGUGAAACAAUUACGGAGAUUCAUGCCUGAUUUGAGAAUAUCGGACAUCGCACGUGGCCCAGCUGGAGUUCGAGCGCAGGCUAUUGACUCAGACGGUAAUUUGGUUGAUGACUUUGUUUUUGAUUGUGGUCAAGGCGAAUUAAGCCAAUGUGUAUUGCAUGUGCGAAAUGCGCCUAGUCCAGGUGCUACAAGUAGUUUAGCUAUUGCGGAAAUGAUUUGUGAAAAAGCAUCUACCAUGUUUGGACUCAAGCAUUAA